AUGGUGGUACCAGUUGCGCAGGCAAUGUGUACAGUGGUGCUCGGUCUGGCAGAGCAACUCUCUGUGAUUCAUAAUGAGACAGUAGUCAAGGGACUUGAGAGAAUCUGUAACUUCCUGCCCGGCUCUUACCAAGGAGCAUGUAAAGAGUUUACCGACUUCAUCGCUGCUGAUAUUAUCAAAGUGUUCUCAAGAGACGACACAGCGGACACAGCAUGUCACAAGUUAUCGUUCUGUUUCACAGAGCCCCAUACAGAAAUGUGUCACAUCUUCCCCAUCAGACCCAAACAAAGACUUCAACUGCAAUUAUUUCAGACACAUAGAUCUCAUCGGAUUGGAGCGAAUAUAUGCGAUUUACCCGGGAUCAAAAGGAUAUGCACUUGGAUUGAUGAUAUAUUCAGUAAACAUGACCCUGCUGUAGACUUGGAUGGAGAUUUUCACAGUGUGUAUCAAACUUUAAGAGGGACGUCUUGGAGAGGAAAAGAUUGUGAUGACGAAAGAAAAGCGUUUCAUCCUGGUGCAAAACCAAUAAAUGGAGACAAAAGCAUAGAUUCCAACUGCAAUGGCAUAUACGGUGUGAACCCUGCGAAUGGGCGUGGUUAUGAAGAGGAAUUGUGCGGGACCAGCCAACCACGUGGUGUCGCUGUUCUCGGCGACUCCAUUAGUGCUCAUUUCCAUCUGCCAAGGGAAUGGUUCAACGCCACUGAGAUGUCUCUUAAAGUGUUCGAACCUCUUCCAUUUAUGUUGGAGAAUGAACUCGACUGGCCAGAAUUCUCAUCGACCACAGCUUUCAUGAACAACACAGAAAAGUUCCAUGAUGUUAUACACGGACCCGUAGAUUCCAUGUACAUGAGAAUGUUUGAUAGGAAUCAUUGUAACCACCGGGACUACCAGAACAUUGCUGUGAACGGAGCAAGAGCAUCCUCAAUGGCCGAUACCAUUCAGUUUAGUCUCAGAAGAAACAUCACAGAUGACCAGCCAAUGAUUGUCUUCUAUGCUCUUGUUGGUAAUGACGUCUGUAACGGACACCACGAUACAUUUAACCACAUGACAACUGUGGAAGAAAUGAAGAAUAAAUCCAUCAGCACAUUGAACUUCUUAACAAAGGUUCUUCCGAAAGAGAGUCAUGUGUUUUUCGUUGGACUAGCAGACGGAGCUGUUUUGUAUAGAGCGCUUAGUGACAGGGUUCAUCCGAUUGGAUCUCUGCGGAAUGACGUCACUUACUCCAACUUCUAUGAUUAUUUCAAUUGCUUAGAGAUAUCCCCAUGUUUAGGUUGGAUGAAUACUAAUGCAACGAUACGAGAUCUCACAACAAAGAGAGCCAUUGAGCUGAGUGAAGCACUGAAAGAGGUCGUGGUAUCUCACCAAUCAUCGUUCUCAAACUUUAAAUUAUAUUACCUGGACAAUCCGAUAGAUCAAGUUUUGGACGAGUGGACAAAACAGGGUGGAGAGGCGUGGGAGCUAUUAGAACCCGUGGACGGAUUCCACUCUAAUCAGCAUGGACAGGCUCUCACGGCUAAGACUGUUUGGGAAAAUUUGGAAAAAAUGUAUCCCGACGUCAUAGGACCAGUAAAUCCCAAUAAUUCCAGAAUUAAAUCUUUAUUUGGGAACCAGGGAGGCUAUCUGUGAUGACUGCUGUAAUGAUCACAAUAAAGAAUGACUGGGUUGUGCAAUGUUUCUUACAUAUCUUUUA